AUGACUUCUCCAAUGGAUAUCACAGAAUCCAAUAACGUGGAUUUAAAAGCUGGUGCGUCUAAAUCGAUCAUUACUUCUACUACUACAAACAGUAAAAACUCCCAUGAUUCAGAGACGGAAGAAGGCACAAGUACAACGAUUGCAACAAUGACUUCUCCAAAAGACAACAGAAAAACUACCAAUAUGGAAAUUUCGACAAUCACAGCAUCACCCACCGCAUCACCAAUAGAUACACCAUUCGUCCCUCCCAAAGCUCCAUGUGAUGUUGGAGAUAUAGUUUCCUACAACAAGAAGUGGAUGACUCUAGAAAGUGAUGGACAAUGGCAUGAAACUGAGGGACCGGAUGAUUUUGAAAUAAAGUUUUGCGGAUUUAAGAAUGCGGAUUUCUUUAGAUAUCAAGACCAUUGCCAUGGAUACAGAAAACAACUCGAAGUUUCUAAAUGCUACACUGGUUAUCACCGACUAGAGGAAAACUUGGAUAUUGAGUUUGAGAAAUACAAAAUUCAGCAUGGAAAUGAAGAAAUACUCAGAAAACUUUCAGAGACGAUGAAAGAAGGAAAGGUUAUUCAACAUGAAGAUGAGGUCACACUUAAGAGAUUAUUUGAGGAGCAUUUGGAGGCGACGAAGAUAGGAACAUCUAUCCAGCACGAAGACGUGAGAAUGCUUCGAGAUUUUCUGGAUUCGAUGAAGAAAGGGAAAGUGAAGCCGAGCAAUGUAGCCUGUCUCGGUUUGGGAUCUUUUGAACGAUGCGGAGAGAAUAAAAGAUCGUUUGGGCAAUUGGCGGCUCUCAUGAAGAUUAUGGAACUUUUAGAGAUUCCACCCACUGCCAGAAAAGUUAUGCAAGAUCCUGAUUUUUCACCUGGAGAUAAGAGAUUUCUUACACGCUGCGGAUUCGAAGUUGUGGAUGACCCGCAAGGAUUUGAAGCUGUAAACGAGGAAACCCUAGUCUUCGAAGUUGGUGGAUAUAAUUGUAUGAAUCAGCGAAUUAUGGAUCGUCCUUGGCCUGCAGCAUUCAUUACGAUGGGAGGAAUCUUGGAAAACAGAAGCAAGAUUGUACAGAGAAUUCGCAAUUGGUAUCGUGGUGAAGGAAUACCUCCGAUGGAUGAUUGGUGGGAUGGAAAAAAGAAGUUUGUGGCGAUUCAAAAAACUUAUGACUACAAGGAGAUUCCUGCGAUUAGUAGUAUUAGCACUGGUAUGAGGUAUACAAAAUUUUUCUGGAGAAAAGAAGUAGUGGGAGGAAAAUUUCAAUGGUUUGUAGAUGUUUGGAGAUUGGUGGGAUCACUUUUUUCUCAAAGAGAUCCUGAUCGAUAUUUCAAGGAUGCUUAG